UCCCUCCACUGUCAGUUUCUCUGAAGCAACCAUCAAUUGCUCAUUCCCGCUCUGCACAAUGACCCAAACAAGCUCAUGCGAGAUUGUCGAUUAUUUGUCCACGGUUAACCGAUUGCUAUUUCCUGCCAAACUGGAACUUCGGGAAAUGACAGGAAGAUGUGGCCAGCUGUACCUUAUGGGCUUAAAAGAAGUGGAGAUGUACUUCCCAGUCAUUCCAGACAUGGAAUUGAAUCAAGCUACUCAGCUUAUGCACUGGCUGCUAAAGAGCCACGCUUGCAUACAACAUAUCUUCAUUCGUCCUUUCGCUUGGCAUCGGUAUGGAGAGCUUCUGUGUGCUGGCCUGAACCGCAACCCGUGUAUUAAGACUAUGAAGGUCGGCAUCUUCGAGUUCACGAGCAUGGACCUCCACGCGGCCAUAGGCUCACUCAAAAACCUGGAAGAAUUCGAAUGCGUCACCUACAUAAGGACCUGCCGACACUUUGCGUCCACAGUUGUUAAACUUUUACGGCUGAGCACUUUGAGAACCCUAAAUGUAUGCAAAGCCUGUGUGGAUGGCAAGAGCGCCAGGUUAUUUGUUGAUGCCCUAAAGGAGAAUGCAACUCUCCGGCAGCUGGGGAUACACGGUUCGGUCAUAUGUCACGCUGGCCAUGAAAGCUUCUCAGAAUACCUCGUGGCUACCAAGUCACUUAUAACACUAAGUGUUGAAGCAGGCCCCCGAAGCAAGCGAGAGAGUUUCAGGCGGAUGGCGGCCGGGCUUAUCGUAAACAAUACAAUUCAGAACCUCACUCUUAACGGCAUUACGCUUGAUGCCGGCACCUCCCAGCUAGUAGCGAGGAUGCUCUCAGAAAACAAAGCAAUACGCAACUUCACCAUGGUGUGCGACCACGCAGAACUAGUAGUUCCUCCCGGUACUGAUUUUGCCUGUUUGUACACGGCUCUCACUAAGAACGACACAUUGGAAAGACUCGAGCUUCCUUUCUCAUUCCUGGAGCCUACACAGUGGGUCCAAUUCUUCUGGACUGUGUCGAGUAAGCAAUCCAUCCAAAGGCUUACCGUACACAUACCUGACUCUGAUUAUAAGCAAAGGUAUUUGCCAAGAUUCUGCAGAGCGCUUAAGGAAAGUGGGGCUGAAACAAAAGUCUCUCUCGGCACUCUUGAGAAUGUCUUCAACUUGGAUUUGCUCGAAUCAAAUUCAUUUUCAGAUGUCAACUUCAGUUGUCGCAAUGGUGAUCGAGGGCAACUGCUAGCCUUGCUGCAGCUUUUCCCCGCAAUGAAGAGCCUAGGUUUGCACGUCAACGCGGGUGACGCUGAGCUGUGCUCGGCCGUCGCAAAAUACAUUAGGAAAGAAGACUCACUUCUUGAAAAUCUGCGGCUCACAUUUUCUUUCAAUGUCCCUGACAUCAUGGACUGCACAUUCAGAGCAUGGACAGAAAUUUUCGAGUCGCUCGCUUCAAGCACGAGCAUUAAAAAGCUGCGAGUAGACUUGGAACACUGCAUGCUAGGCCGAAACCCUGUGUACAAGCGGGGAGUGGAGCGGCUGGCUGACGUCAUCAACACGAGUCGGAGCAUACGAAUGGUGUCCUUCAUCGCCGACGUUACGAUGAUAAUCAAGGACUUUUUUGGGCGCCUCUGUUUUGGCAUCGCGGAGAACUACAUUCUCGUGAGCAUAGACACGGCCAAGUACCUACAAAUAGAUAAGAAAGCGUUUCAAGACUUCUUCGCCGUCUUGGACGCCGUGCGUCGAAACGCCAGCUUUGUGACACUCGCUGCAGAUUUCACUGACAGCAGGACACUGGACAGACGCUGCGUCCGAGCCUUGGAGCGAGUGCUGCGCCAUCCUCCCCUCCUUGAGGAGCUCGCCGAACAAGAGUCCAUGAGCGUGGCCGAGGCCUCAGCGAUGGUUCGACGAAAGUUCAGCAGAGCCGAAGGCCUGCACGACUUCAUGCGGCUCGCCGGUGUCGUCAAAGAGCGUGUGGAGUGCAACUCGCGUGCAGGCGGACGACUUCAACUGGACGACCUGGAUGAAUACUGCUGGAGGAAGGUUCGGAGCUACCUCAUGAUAGACGACAUCAGGGACCCUGGAGCGACCACGCUGGUCCAUCGCUAACGACGGCGGCUAGUUUGGAACAUCGCCAACACGUGACACAAGUUGUUGAGCGGAACUGCUCCGCUACAAUGCAGCUCUAUUUUACAGCGGCCUUGUUGUCUGAGUACUUGAACACCUGGGAUAGGAAUAUCGCCCUGCUGUGACGUGUGACGUAGAAAGGAUGCCGAAUGGACUAAAUUAGGAGGGCGGAGAGCUUCCUCUCAUGAGUGAGCUGCGUAGUUUAACGGUCCAAUAUCUUAACUCUCCGUGACCUGAGUUCAAUGGAAUCAUCAGAGAUCCCCAUGGAAAUGAUGUUUGUAGCGAUUAACUUUUUCUGUGCCGCUAGCAUCCUAACACAGGCCUCCGUCUGGCGCUGAUAUUAUUUUACGACAGCCGUUAUUCAGGGUCUGACGAUCUUGUAUGUUAGUACCCUCACAUUUUACAUAUUCGACUGGUGACUGCAGCUCCAUAUAUUUCUUUAUUUUUAAUUUCUGAUUAGGAAUCGAGUGUGCUCAAAAACAAAACAUUCGUGUAAUUAUGAGCGUUUAAUGCGGAUGACUGAUCUCUCAUGAUAACACCCUACAACCACACACAUUCUGCAAUAA